AUGGCUGUCACUGCCCUGUUCAAAGGAUCCCUGGCUGGCCCAGGAUACGUGAUCCUCAACGUGCUGCGCGGCAUCAACAUCAUAGCCUUUCUCGACCUCAUCGCCGCUAGCAUCGUUAUGCUGAUCAAAAUCACCCUCAACAACAACUUUUUCUUCUUUGAAGCGGUCACCCAUGUGAUCACUGCCAGUUUGAGCAUCUUCCUGAUCAUCUCGGAAUUGCCAAUCCUUGGAAACUUUUUUAACCGGUACUGCCCCCAGUUGGGCCAAACCGCAGGCUUUGGACCGUUGGCUUUUGUCAUGAUCGUGCUGGGGGUUGCCGUGCUGGGCAAUCUCAACAACGACGACUUUAGCGAGAAGCACCUCGGCCUCUCGAUGUGGAGGAUCGUGGCAUCUGCCGGCAUUCUGUCCAUGACCAUGGGGAUUGUCAAUUUUAUUGCCGGCUUCAUCUUCGCCGACUCUGCCAACUCUGUAACCGCCCGCCAGGUCCGCGCAUACGGCGCCGUGGCCGACAAAGUCGUCGACCGCAAGGGCAGCCAAAAGUCGUUCCAGCUGAGCCUGAACCGAGACGAGACUCUGCCCACCUACCGAGCUAGCAAUAACAAUAACAACAACAACACCGGCCGGUCCAUGUCGAUGCGCCAGGCUGACCGGAUUCCGCUCAAGAUCUCGAGCCCAGUCAAGGAUCGCACUGAUACGUCCUCGUCCAAGUAUAGCAGCAGCGAGGUGGACUUGACGAUGCCGAAUGCUGCUCACCAUCCGGCGUACUCCAACUUUGUUUGA